AUGAGGAACAACCAUCUUCUCAGCUUGGCCGCCCUGGUCACGGGAAGUCAUGCUCUCAUCGGCUUUGGUAUCGAUAUGUACAAGCCACUCUGUGCGUUUGCUUGUCGUGGUUCAAUAGCAGGCGCCCCCCUUGUCUGUACGCCUCACGACCAUAGUGGAGGUCAUUCUGGGCAUGGAGGAGGACCGACCACACCUGCUUGCUAUUCUCAGGAUACUUCAUUCCUCACUACACUGGCGUGGUGCAUAUCCGAACGCUGUCCCGAGGUCGACGAAUGGAAGCUGGAGAGGUAUUGGUACAAGAAGGCUUCUGCAAACAACGACGAGCGUAUAACGCCAAAAUGGACAUAUCAAGAAGCCCUCGAUCAGGUGGUUGAUCCACCUACAAGGCCUGUCAACACCUCUGAGCUGCUAGACUUCACUGGCACAGUAGCAGACGAGGAUUAUCAGGCAAACGUCAAUGGUAAUGGACGUUUCGAAUGCAUUGCCCUCCUCGUUUUGGGUGCAGGCAUACCUAUUCUUAUGACCAUGCUAGCCUUCCUUCCAGGUUUCGAACACUUCUUCUCCAAGCUCAAGCCAUACCUAAGCUAUCCGUCGCUUAUUGGUAAAUACCAUGUCCAGUCCUUGCCGUAUCUCAUCGGCAACUCGCCAACCUUCGGUCAGACUAGCUAUAUCGUUGUCUUCUUUCUUCUGAACAUUCUCUUUACAGCUUUGGACUACAAAUCAAUCACACCCAACUCCUGGUUCACAGACACAAAGUCUGAGAUCUUGAUCUAUGUUGCCAACCGGACGGGUGUGCUCGCGUUUGCACUUGCGCCGCUAGUCAUCCUUUUUGCUGGUCGUAACAACGUCCUACUAUGGCUCACGAAUUGGUCUCACUCAACUUAUCUGCUUCUGCAUCGAUGGAUAGCUCGAAUCUUUACGCUUCAGAUAAUCCUGCAUUCGAUCCUAGAGCUCGUCUACUACAAACACACGGGCGAGUAUGAAGCUGAAGUUGUACAGAAGUACUGGAUCUGGGGCAUCGUCGCCACACUUGCUGCAUGCAUCAUGAUCGUCGCGUCCGUCAUCUGGUUUCGACGAGCAGCCUAUGAGGUCUUCCUUGUUCUUCAUAUCCUGCUAGCUGCAAUCCUGCUCAUUGGCUCCUGGUACCACGUUGACUUGUUAUACGAAAGGAGAUGGGGUUAUGAGUUCUGGUUGUAUGCGGCUUUUGCCGUAUGGUUCUUUGAUCGCGUGCUCCGAGCUCUCUGGAUUGCACGAAACGGUAUACAGCAAGCGGAGUGGACCGAAGUCGAUGACAAUAUAAUCCGAAUGGAUGUGCUUGGUGUACGUUGGGGUCUCAGUCCAGGGCAACACGCAUACUUGUACUUCCCCGGAGCAAAGCGUUGGACAUUCUGGGAAGCACAUCCUUUCUCUGUGAUACCACUUGUGCAGCACAACGGAAGAGGCCUGAAUGUAUCUGCUUUACAAUCCGAUACUGACUCGAACAUCGAGGCUGCUGAUAACAAGACCAACGACCUUGAGAAGAGCGCUGUUACCUCGACUCGAACUCCAGCACAUCGAUCGUCACUGGUGACCAAUCACACCGUGAUUGGAGUGCGUAUGUACCUUCGCAAGCACUCAGGCAUUACCAAAGCUCUACACGCGAAUUCAUCACCUACAGUAUUGCUAGAGGGGCCCUACUACAACCACAACCCCUGGCUAAAACCAGGUGUCUCAUCCUGCGACCGCAUCAUCCUACUCGCUGGUGGCAUCGGGAUCACCGGAGUUCUCAGCCACGCCUACACACAUCCGGCGGUAAAGCUCUACUGGUCCGUCAAGACCGCAGGUCAGGCUCUAGUCGACGAUGUCAGGCGAUCCGGCAUGCUGGACCACUUGAGCAACGGCGUUACUCUGAAUGUAGGCGGAGCAAGAUUUGAUUUCGAGAUCCUGCUUGGUGAGGAGUGCAUCGGUCAGGAACCAAGGACGAAAUUGGGCGUGGUUGUAUGUGGACCAGCGAGCUUCUGCGACGACGCAAGAGCAGCGGUAGUCAAGGUCGCCAGGAGGACGAAGAUCGAUAUUGAGUUGUGUGAGGAGGCUUUUAGUUGGUAA